ACGCUCGUAUGCUGCACGUAUAGGACUUUUUCUUAGAUCAGAAAUGGUCCCUGGUUUGGCUUAUGUACAUUGGCCUGGAGUCCGUAAUGCAGUAACUCCAUCCACAUGUGCUAGGAUAACUUCAGAUGGACGGUUUGGUUAUUGUCAGGGAGUGUACAGUGUAGUCUACAUAGGCUAGGAAAAGCUCGCAUAUACGCCUGUUCCGUAACCACAAAAUGCCGCUAAACUUAAUUUUAAAUAAUACAGAUUCCCUGAUUUAUUCACGCAGAAAGACCAGGCUCUCGGUCCGUGACGUCACUAUUUAUUAUUUUUUUUUAAUUAAAGGUAUAACACAUUGUGUUUUUUGACAUGGGAAUGUAAUCUCAUCUAAAUACGUUCAAAUGGCAUUGUGUUCUUGUAUGUGCUAAAAUAUUUAGAAUAGGCUACUCUAUGUGCGUAUAUUUAGAUGUGCCUAAAAAUAAGUCUUAUGAUAGGAAAAAUGUAAAUGGUACUAUAGCUUCCAAGAAUUCUCAAAUUUAUACUGUUGUUGUAUUUACUGUGUUUCAAACCAUAUGUGGAGUUUAUGGUUCUGUUGUAGAGGAAACACAGUGUGUUUCAGAGUCGGUCUAAGAGCGUUUUGGUGUUAGCUACGAAUUAGUGCAUUUUUAAUGCAGUAAAUUAAAGUAUUCAAUGUAAAGAUGAUGUUGAUGGCAAUGACGAUGGUGUAUAUAUUGCCGACAACUCUCCUGCCUUAUUUUUCAUGUCAUUGAAUCUAUUUUUAAUAGGCUACUUUAUAUCUCAAUAGGAUAAUGUUAUAGGCUGUUUAUACAUUAAUACACUUUUGUUUGUUUUUGAUGUGUCCAUCAACACUCAGGGAGACAUGAUCACGUCCUUUAUUCAAAUGCUGACCACCACAUAGGCUACAAAUUGGAUGCGAACUAGUGUUUUAAUACAUCAUCAUGUGUUGUCAAACUCACGUGCAGAUUUAGUCAAGGCACCUCGAGCGAGGUUUGUGAGUUUGUUUUUCAUUUACGUUAACCCUGUCUGUUUGUUGGAUUACACUAUGCCAAAGUAACUAGAUUUCGCUAUAACCAAAAUAUCCUGCACAUUUUAUGCUAUUAAGUAAUUAUGCAAACUGUAGAGGCGAAGUUCACUAAAGAAUUAUGGGUUACACUUACUCUUAUGAGCCCGCGUGGCAAGUGAUUUAGAUUUUUUAAGCGGUCUGAUUAAACGCGAGUAUUUUUGCUCUCCUUCUACCUAUUCCCCGAAAAGGCUCUCCGAAAAGUAGGCGGUAAUUGUCGGUGGAAGAUGGCGAUCAGCGAUUAGUUGCCAAAGCAGUGCGUUCGAUUGGAGGGGCACCUGGGAUUGAUGAGGAGCGGCGGCCAAUGAGAGCGCGUCAAAUGAAUGACCGGGCUCCAGUUAAAGGGGGCGUAAGAGGAGGUAGUGCCAGUCCACUGAGAAAGAGGGACCCUCCGAGAUAAACAUAGACAAGCGAAAGAAAUAAACAUUCCAAUUCGAGAUGCUUCAAGAACAAGGAAGACUCAGUAAGAUAAUAACUCGUAUUUUCGUGUAAUCCGAAAAUUACGACAUCGACUCAGUUUGAAAGGGAACGAGCAAAGGAAUCUUUUCAUUUCGCUGCAUUGGGGAUUUUGAGUAACAAGUUAUCCACAAGAAAAAUAUAGUCUAACUUAAUACGCAAAGCUUUUUUCCUAUGAGCGGAUCGAACUUCAUCGCCUCAUGUCGUGUUCUCAAAUCUGGAAGUUAAUAUUCCUGUAGCGCAUUCGAUUUUAUUUUGUUACAUGUUUUGUUGAAGCGCCGCACAUAGACUGCUUGAAAGAGAAUUGGUUUUGCUCAACGAAAGCAUGUUACUGGACGCUGGGCAUCAGUUCCCUGGUUUGGGAGUGGGCACCUUUGCCAGGCAUCAUCACUCCUCCAGUGAGAUGCAGGACAGAGACUUGAGUAUAGCGCAGAACAGCUUCGUCGACUCGGCGCACAUGGGCGCAUUCAAACUGAACCACGAUCUCUCGCCCGGACAGAGUUCUGCAUUCACGAGCCAAGCGCCCGGUUACCCUGCCGCGGCUCUGGGCGCGCACGCGGCUCAUGUCACAUCGUACGCGAGCUCGCCAUUUAACUCCACGAGGGACUUUCUCUUUCGCAGCCGUGGAUUCGGGGAAUCGUCACCGGCGGGAGGCCAGCACGCACUCUUCGGCCCCUCUGCCGGCUCGCUCCAUCACUCUCACACAGACAGCCAAGGCCACAUUCUGUUCCCUGGCAUCCACGAGCAGCAUGGAUCUCACGGCUCCCCAAACGUGCUCAACGGGCAGAUGCGACUCGGACUACCGGGGGAGGUUUUCGGGCGAUCAGACCAGUACCACCAGGUCUCCAGCCCGAGGACUGACCCUUACUCAGCCGCUCAGCUGCACAACCAGUACGGCUCCAUGAAUAUGAACAUGGGGAUGAAUAUGGCAGCGCAUCAUCAUCACCCCGGAGCCUUCUUUCGCUACAUGAGGCAGCAGUGCAUUAAGCAAGAGCUCAUCUGUAAGUGGAUCGAUCCGGAGCAGCUCAGCAAUCCGAAGAAGAGUUGCAAUAAAACUUUCAGCACCAUGCAUGAGCUGGUCACCCACGUCUCGGUCGAGCACGUUGGAGGACCCGAACAGAGCAACCACAUCUGCUUUUGGGAAGAGUGUCCCCGGGAAAGCAAGCCCUUUAAAGCCAAAUAUAAACUGGUCAAUCACAUACGCGUGCAUACGGGAGAAAAACCUUUCCCCUGCCCGUUCCCUGGAUGUGGCAAAGUCUUCGCGAGAUCAGAAAACCUCAAGAUUCACAAGAGAACACACACAGGGGAGAAACCAUUUCAGUGUGAGUUUGAGGGAUGUGAUCGGCGCUUCGCGAACAGCAGUGACCGAAAGAAGCACAUGCACGUUCACACGUCAGACAAACCGUAUCUUUGCAAAAUGUGUGACAAGUCCUACACUCAUCCCAGCUCUCUUCGAAAGCACAUGAAGGUUCACGAGGCAUCCCCACCUGCAUCUGACUCUUCGCCAGCGGCAAGUUCUGGUUAUGAGUCCUCAACACCCCCUGGUCUGGUGUCCCCCUCCACUGAGACCCAAAGCAACAACAAUCUGUCGCCUUCCUCAGCGGUCCACAGUUCCAACAACCACAGCAGUUUAUCGUCCAAUUUCAGUGAAUGGUAUGUUUAAGACUGUGCCAUCCCAGGAGGAAUCAUUUCAGAAAACCAGGAGAUCCAUAUACAAAACGAACGCUCCUAUAUUAUGCGCUUGUCCAGCAGGAUUAACAUUCCCACAUCGACAGAAGAACCGUGCGCAAAAGCACUAAACGUCCUCUUUUUGUACAUACUACGCGCUCUCUUUCCCAAUGGUUGUAAUAGGUUUUGUCGGUUUUUUGGUGUAUAGAUGUUCCUUCAAUGGUAGCUAUUUCUCUAACUGGACUUUUUAGUGCACAUAUUACCAUAAAGUUGUAUUAUCAAAAUGAAUAUUGUGAUCCCAUUAUGGCAAACUGAUUGUAAACUAAACAACUAUUAACUGGAAAGAGUGCCAAAGUCAACAUUUAACGAAGACUGACACAAUAUUUGCUUGUGAAUGUAUAUCUUAGUUUGCUGGGCUUAACUUGUGAUGUCUUGUGCUUUGCAAGUUUGAAUUGUGAUAUAUAUUUGGAAGAUUGUGGGGCAAAUUAAUGUCGUGCCGUUAAAUAUCUGUAACUACACCCUUCUUUUUGUAAAUAUCGACUGCCAUAUUUAUCCAUUUGUAAUUAAAUUAUGGUAUUUACUUGCUACAGAUGAAACAAUAUUUAUAAAGAAUGUUUCUUUACUAUAAAUAUGUACAAUUAUGGGCUGAACAGGGGCAGUUGUUUUGUUAUAUGUGUUUUUGUUCAAAGUUUGAGAAGUGUUUUCUCCAUUAUUGUGAUAAAAAUUUUACUGCAUACAGAUAUAAUAAAACGUGGUGCAAGUGUACAAUC